AUGGUGAAUGCUACUAGUUGUAUUGGCGUUUCCAUAGUAAUGAAGCCUUAUAGUAAAAUCUUAGUCGGCGGUAGGAAUUCCUCUAUUUUCAGAUUUCCUUUCCCAAAAUGUAAUCAUUUAAUUGCUGAUAAUUUGUCGAAAUUACAAUUUAAAGUAAAGGGUACUGGUCAAUUUAGUAGUUGUAAGGGGAAUAGAUUAGGAUUUGUUCCUAAAACUGAUCUGAAUCGGAUUUCUUUUUAUGGGUCUGAUUUGGGCUGGGGCCAAACUAGAGGUUUUAGGAGCUGUUUCAUUGAUAAGCGAAAGUUUGCAACGAUUAUAGUUAAUGUUGCAUCGAAUAUAAGGUUGAAUUCGACAUCAGCAGAAAAGAAUGUUGGUCAGACAGGGUUUGAGAGUAUUUAUAUUCAAGGUGGUUUGAAUGUGAAGCCUAUAGUGAUUGAGAAUAAGGGUCCAGGUGUAAAGGAACGAGAGUUUAAAUUAGAAGAAGCUAAUGAAUCAAAAGUAAAUGCUGAUAAGGUAGAUACUUUAGGAGGUUUGAAUAAGGAAAAUGUGUUGGUCAAUGAGAAAGAGUUGUCUGAGAUUGAAAAAGAGGCUUGGAAGUUGCUUCGAAAUGCAGUUGUGACCUAUUGCGGGAACCCAGUUGGGACAGUUGCAGCAGCUAGUGAUUCUGCUGAUAAGCAACCACUCAACUAUGAUCAAGUUUUCAUCCGUGAUUUUAUCCCUUCAGCAGUUGCCUUCUUGCUUAAUGGAGAAACUGAGAUUGUUAAGAAUUUCCUUCUCCACACUUUGCAGCUGCAGUCUGUCUUCCAGUAUGAAACUUUCAAAAUAAAUACUGCCUUUGAUGUAAUUUGCAUUGCUUGA